AUGCAUUGGGAAACAUUAAGUCAAUCUGAGCCAAGUAUACAAUCAAGAAACUUUAUAAAUCGUUUUGCAUCGGCAACGACAGGUAUUGGAAAAGAAAAUUAUAAUUCAUCAUUAAAAGUAUCUAUUGGACAUGAAACAGUUAAUAUUACAGAAAUAGCUGGGUCAAACGAUCGUCGAUGUGCCCGACAAGGGGCAAACAUACUUAGUUUAUGCUUUAUGAGUUUCAUUUCGGUUAAUCUAAUACUAAUUGCCGUGUGUACAAUGAAUUUAUUAACGAAAAAUGAUUUACCAAUUGCAUAUAUUACACCCUAUCAUAUUAUUUCAAAUAAUCCAAUAUUAACAGCACCAUUACAAUUAAAUCCAUCAGAACAAUUAUCUUUAAUAGCAUCUUCGACAUCGUCUAAUUCAAUUAAAUUAACUCCAUCUUCCCCAUUACUAUCUACAUUUCUAAUAGCGGCUUCAUCCGAACAUUAUGUUAGAAUGAAUCCGAUAAUGUCAAUGAUACCGGUUUAUUAUCGAUCUAUUCGUGAUUUAGCCACAGCCGUUAGUUUAUUAAUUGUUGUAUUUAACUGUUUUUGUCUACUAGUAUUCAGUAUUGAAAUUUAUCUUGGAUGUAAUUAUAUUAAAUAUCGUCGAGGAUCGGACAGUUCAUCUACAUCAAGAUUUAUCGCAAUAUGUGGAUUUUAUGCUUCAAUACCAGCACUUAUUCUUGUAAUGUGUCUAUAUAUAUUGCUGAGUAUGUCACUGAUACCAGCUAUCAUCUCCUUGACAAUUUUGGGACUUGGUUUAAUUCUCAUUCUAAUUACAUUAAUAUCACAUUUGAGUAGAUGGCAGACACGAUCCGUGAUCAAUACAAAAAUUGGUGUUACUCCAUAUAAAACAGAUUCACAAUCUGCUGAUGGUGAAUUGUACGCAAAAACGGAUGAGUUAUCAACGCUUGUCUAA